CAUAGAAUGAAAAAUGAUCUUGUGGUAUUUAUAGCUGCAAGUUUUAUUAUCUCCGUAGCUGGAAUCACCAAAUGGAGAGUCAGAGACUCUUUUUAUUGCGCGUUUGAGCGUACAAAUCAAGAUUCAGUGUUCUUCAACCUGACGUUGUCAAGUGGACAUGCAGAUACGUUGUCCUACCUAGCUAUCGCUUUAAGCGAUGACCAAAAUAUGGGUGAUGAUGACGUUGUGAGCUGCCUUGCCAGCGAUGAAAAGGUGGCAGUGCAAUUGUCCAACAAUCUCAGAGCUAAUCAUCAGAGCUCAGCUGCAACAGAUGUCCCUGAGAUUACGUCGCAGUCUUCGCUAUUCAAUAUAACGACCACAUCUGAUGAAUCUAAAGCGACAAUAUCCUGCUCAUUCAGUCGCCCUCUGCAAUUCAACGCGAGUGAAGGAGAGAAGCAGUUUGAUCUAUCUGAAAAUCUCUAUUUUCUCUUUUUAGCUGCUGGCUCAGUCGAUGACAAAGGGAAUAUUCAGACGCAAGAUUUUCGUUUUGUGUCCAGUUCUAAAGUCAACCUAACAGACAAUGGCCCAGGUGUGCGAUGGAUCCAAACGAAAAACUCAACGAAUCUAUUUGGAACAAAAGUGAUAACAUUUCACGCCCUACUGCAGAUAGUUGCGUGGUGUGUGCUGGCGCCAAUUUCUUACUUCACAGUGGCAUUUUACCGACCCUACUUUCAGAAUAAGUUUAUUGUCCGGAAACAGAAAUGGUUUGUGCUUCACAUGAUGUUAAACUGGGCGCUGUUUUUCAUCUGUAUCUUGUCGAUAUUCGUGGCUUUCUUCCACAAGAGCUUCAAGUUUGAUGUGAACACGCACACAUCACUAGGCGUGGUUGUCAUGUUCAGCCUUAUGAUGCAGCUGCUGAUGGGACUACUUAGACCCGAGUUGGACUCCAAGUGGCGAAUAGUGUUCAGCUGGAGCCACAGACUAUUCGGAGUGUCACUUCUGCUUCUAGCUUUGGUCACGUGCUACUUCGGUCUGAAAAAGUACAACUCAGACUACAGACAGGGAACCGAGUGCUACACUCAUUAUAUGGUAUCACUAGUACUGAUAGCACUAGCCGUGUUCUCAAUACUAGCUCUAUUUAUAAACCGAAAGGUUAAAGCGGAGUUUAAACUCUCACAACCAGGUGUGGCUACUCAGCUAUCGGAAGACGGAAACGACCGUGUGCUGGAUAACUACAAAAACGAUGCUCUGGUUGCGACUAAUUUGGACAACGAGCAGCAUGAAAACGAUCAGAGCCGCCAAAAUAAUGGAAUAGAGAUAAGAAACGAUCAGCAAUUGUUGUCAGACAAUGACCAAAUAAAACUAAACACUUUGAACUCAGAGGAUAGUUUAGCUUCAGUCGAGGACACGAAAGAGAUGUUUAUCUUCUCACAAAAUAUGCCUCCUGUUGGAAUGAAAAGUGAACUCAUGACUAAAGUGCAUUACUCUUUUAUAGCCACUGUGUCUUUUAUAGCGUUAUUUAUUGCUGUUGAUUUGUUAACUAAUUUUUCAGCACGAAUCUUUGGUUGAUGUAGCUUUUGAUUAUUCUCGCAUUUUAACUCAAUUAACUAUUAUUUAAUUUCUGAACAGUAAAACACUGUUCAGGCUAAGAAAUAAAAUUCAGAUGGUAAUUACAACUACUGACAAUCUUCUCCGAGCGUAUCCUCUUCAUCUAAGAAGAAAAAAAUCAUGAUUUCCCAAAGUACGUGGAUUUCCCAAACUACUCUCCUUGGGUAUUAUGAAACCUUUUUUCUACAAGCAAGAAGCCUCUAUAUAGAUAUUGACAAAAAGAAAAAAAAUCAAAUUUGGGAUUUCUGAAAUCUAAAUCAUCUCCAUUUUGUACCUUGUAACCUGCAGUUUCCUGCUUUACCUGUUUGCUAGAUAUGUAAUAAUGUAAAUUUCGUUUUAAAUACUGGGCACUUUUUGUCUCUUAAUUGAUUCUGUGUUCUUAAUUUAUAGUUUGAUUCUGUAAAAUUUGAUAGUUUUGAUUGCUGAUAUUAAAUAUUCAUAGCCAAAAUAAUUUAUUUAAAAUCAAUCUUUCGAUAGUUG